AUGCUUCCCAAGUAUAUGUGCUUCUGUUGGUCAAAGCAUACAAGGUCAUCAUCAUCAUCAUCUAAAAAGCAGUCUCCGACAAUAAUAGAAGAGCUAUGCUGUAAAUUUUCCCUCGAGGAUCUAAGAAAAUCAACCAACAACUUUGAUGAAAAACGAAUAAUAGGAAGAGGAGGCUUUGGUGACGUGUACAAGGGUCAUCUUAAACAUGAUGAGGGAACUGAUUAUGCAAUUGCAUUGAAGCGUAUGUAUAGAAAAUCACGGCAAGGGAUCAUGGAGUUCAAGAAUGAAAUAGAGUUGCUCUGCCAGCUUUGUCACCCUAAUUUGGUCUCUCUUGUAGGAUUCUAUGACGACAAAAACGAGACAAUUAUUGUGUAUGACUACAUGGCAAAUGGAUCUCUCCAUGAUCGUCUAUAUUGCAAGGAUAUGGAACCACUUUCAUGGAAGAAAAGGCUAGAGAUAUGCAUAGCAGUAGCGCAUGGACUGCACUAUCUUCACACUGGAGCCAAACGCACCAUCUUUCACCAAAACCUCAAUCUCAAUAGCAUUCUUUUGGAUAACAAUAUGGUGCCAAAAAUCACUGGUUUCGGGCUUUCCUUACAGGGACCACGUUUUAUUGCUGGUACAUCUGGUUACAAUGCCCCAAACAAUACAUUCACAGUUGAAUAUGACGUGUACUCUUUUGGUGUAGUUAUGCUACUAGUGAUAUGCACAAAGGACAAGCAAACAAUUUUUGACAAGAUAAACAGAGUAGAGAACCAAAGCAAAGAAUUAGAGAAGUUUAUUAAGGUUACCCCAGCAACCAUGGAUAUAUAUGACUUGGUGCACAGGUUCCCGGUUGAGGAGAUGAUGGAUCCAAUUCUCAAAGGAAAGAUUGCACCUGGGUGUUGGGAAGUAUUUAUAGAUAUUGCAGAAAGAUGCUUGAAGCAGGAACCAAAUGAGAGACCAACAAUGGGUGAAGUAGAGGUGCAACUUGAGUAUGGUCUGGCACUGCAAGAGGAAGCAGAUGCCACCAAGACUAGUGGUGAUUUUAUCUUAUUAUCCACAACCAUUUUUAAUACUGAGCCCGAGUAG